CAAUAAAAUCUACUGAAACGCAAUCAGAAACUCGGUUACGUUAUAGUCAUUUUAGUCCUUAGCAUGCUAAUCUGCAUAGCGUGACAUCAUAUAGAAAACAUUUUUGCAUUCAAAUAUAUAAUUUAUGAAAUAAUGUUCAUAAGGUGCAAAGUGUGAGACUGCUGUUACAGUUGAGAGUGAAAAUUCAAAGACCUGAAGAUGGCAGAGACGGAGGACUGUGAAGGGGUGAUUGCCACAGAGCGUUAUGGCUCACAGGAGUCAUGGAAAUACCUGUUGAAGGAUGGGAGGAUGAAGAGACAGAAGGAUGCACUGGAUGGCAGACUGGCGGGAAAUUCCAUCUCUGGCGUGUUUAAAAGUGUUUUCCUGCCUCAGGGCUAUCCUGAGAGUGUCAGUGAGGAUUACUUGCAGUAUCAGCUCUGGGACACUGUGCAGGCAUUUUCCAGCUCUCUGUCUGGCACACUCGCUACUCAGGCUUCACUGAGGGGUGUUGGGGUUGGAAAUCAAGAAGCAACAGUUGCAGCAGCUACAAUAACAUGGCUGCUAAGGGAUGGAACAGGGAUGCUGGGAAGAAUACUUUUUGCUUGGCUCAAAGGGAGCAAGUUAGAUUCUGAAGCCAAAAAAUGGAGGCUCUUCGCUGACAUUCUUAAUGACGUGGCAAUGUUCAUGGAGAUUGCAGCCCCUCAUUUCCCUCCUUUUUUCACUCUUAUUGUCUGCAUUGCUGGAAUAUUUAAGUCCAUUGUAGGAGUUGCUGGUGGAGCAACAAGAGCUGCCUUAACUGUCCAUCAAGCUCGUAGAAACAACAUGGCUGAUAUCUCCGCCAAAGAUGGGAGCCAGGAAACCCUGGUGAACCUGGCAGGACUGCUGGUCAGCCUUGCACUCAUCCCGCUUGUAACCGAUAACCCAUUGUUGACGUUCAUCCUGUUCUUCCUGUUCACUGUUCUCCACCUGUUUGCCAAUUACAAAGCUGUUCGUUCUGUUGUUAUGGAAACACUUAAUGAGGCUCGCUUGUCCAUAGUCCUUCAUCGGUACCUGCUUGAUGGUCAACUGCUCAGUCCAGUGGAGGCCAAUGAGAAGGAGCCUGUGUUCUUGUCGCUUGGAAGGACAGUUCCCAUAAAGUUGGGUGUGAGGCUUGGAGACAUUGUUCAAGAGCCAGGAGAACUGCAGCUGGCAUUGAAGAACAGCAAACCAUAUCUCAUUGCAAUCAAAAAUGGUACCGUCUGUGUUUGUCUGGGAAGCGAUGCUUCUGUGCAUGAUGAAAUCAUGGCAGCAUGUCAGGCCUUGUGUCUUCGUGCUGUGCUGCACGAUGAUUCCUCUCUGGGUGAUGCACUCAAGCAGUUCUCAAACACUAAGGACCCAUGGGAGUUAGUAUCACAGAGUCAUAAGAUGAUCAAUCAAAUUUUCCAGACAUUCCUAAAAGAACUAGAUCAAGCAAAGUGGCAAACAGACUGGACACUACUGGACUGGAAUGAAUGGCGUGUGGAAUGGAGCAAAAAGAGAAGCUGAAGCAAAUUAUGAAAGAAAUGGAAUAUGGAUGUUUUGGUUUCCACUGGUAUUCACUUUGAAACAUCUGUCAGUUUUAAAUGAUUUGCAAGAGCUCAGCUGCAGAGCUGAAAGUGUGCAGAUUUAUCUCAGUGUCUUAAAUAAACCAUACAAAUAAAAACAAACCCAGCAGGCACCUUGAUAUCAAUUUUAUGUCAAGUAUUAGUCAAGACUUGAUCAAGAUGCUGUACCAUCAUUUUAAAUUCAGUUUGGACAGCAAUUUCUUCCAGUGGUAAUUGGGUGAAAAUAGGAAGUUAAUGCCACACUGAAAUUGGUUUUAUGUAUAUGUAGGCCAAUAUGCUUGACGUUCAAUUUACAUAAAAUCAACAUCAUGCCAAUUUUUUUGAUGUCAAUUUGAUAUCUUUUCAACAUCAAUUGCCCCCUG